CCACCCCUUCAUACCCUUCCUCAACCACUCUUGACGCACACCUCCGGUCUCACUCCCAUCCUGCCAUAAUGCGUGAAAUUGUCCACCUCCAGACCGGUCAGUGCGGUAACCAGAUUGGUGUCAAAUUCUGGGAGGUUAUCUCGGACGAGCACGGUAUCGAGCCGGAUGGUCUCUACAAGGGUAACAACGACCUCCAGCUCGAGCGUAUCUCCGUGUACUACAAUGAGAUCGGUGCCAACAAGUACGUUCCGCGUGCUGUUCUCAUCGAUCUCGAGCCGGGUACCAUGGACUCCGUCCGCUCGGGUCCCCUUGGCGGACUCUUCCGUCCGGACAACUUUGUGUUUGGUCAGAGUGGAGCGGGUAACAACUGGGCGAAAGGACAUUACACGGAAGGAGCUGAGCUCGUCGACUCGGUACUUGACGUUGUUCGCAAGGAGGCUGAAGGCACCGAUGCUCUCCAAGGAUUCCAGAUCACACACUCGCUCGGAGGUGGCACUGGCGCCGGCAUGGGUACUCUCUUGAUCUCGAAGAUCAGGGAAGAGUACCCUGACAGGAUGAUGUGCACGUUUUCCGUUGUCCCAAGUCCUAAGGUUUCCGAUACGGUCGUAGAGCCUUACAACGCGACGCUCUCUGUUCACCAACUGGUGGAGAACUCUGACGAGACGUAUUGUAUCGAUAACGAGGCGCUUUACGACAUUCACUUCCGCACGCUCAAGCUUGCGACACCAACCUACGGUGACCUUAACCACUUGGUGUCCAUUGUCAUGUCUGGUAUCACGACAUGCCUGCGUUUCCCUGGUCAACUCAACUCUGACCUCCGGAAAUUGGCUGUCAACAUGGUUCCUUUCCCUCGCCUUCACUUCUUCCUCACUGGCUUUGCCCCCUUGACCGCUCGUGGUAGCCAGCAAUACCGCGCCGUCACCGUUCCGGAGCUUACCCAGCAAAUGUUCGAUGCUAAGAACAUGAUGGCCGCUUCCGACCCCAGGCACGGCCGUUACCUCACGGUUGCUGCUGUCUUCCGUGGCAAGGUCUCUAUGAAGGAGGUUGAGGAGCAGAUGCAAAAUGUUCAGAACAAGAACUCUGCAUACUUCGUCGAGUGGAUCCCCAACAACGUGCUCACCGCCCAGUGCGACAUCCCUCCCCGUGGCUUGAAGAUGGCUGUGACGUUCCUUGGUAACUCUACUGCCAUUCAAGAACUUUUCCGCCGCGUCAGCGACCAGUUCACGGCCAUGUUCAAGAGGAAGGCUUUCUUGCAUUGGUACACCCAGGAGGGUAUGGACGAAAUGGAGUUCACGGAGGCGGAAUCCAACAUGCAGGAUCUUGUUGCAGAGUACCAACAGUACCAAGAUGCCACUGCUGAGGAGGAAGGCGAGUACGAGGAGGAGGUGCCUGUUGAGGAGGAGUAAUUGCAUCGUUCUAUCCUUUAGUCCUUCUUUUACCCUAUACCUGUAUCCAAAAUUCCACUCGGUCUUUCCACUCCAUUGGUCUUUUAUUCAUCGCUGCAUUGUUUUUACCCCCUAUCGAUGAUCAGUCGAAAUCAUGUUACCCUAUAUUCAAUGUCGUCUUUUCUUUCUCACCUAUUAUCACGAUUAUCGGAGACGUUUUAACGACCAAGAUUGAUGUUUAGUCUAUCGUUCUUGAAAGAUAGGUUUAUAACAAACGUUGCUUUCGCGG